AUGGCGGUUUGCUUCCUGACGCCUAUUUACACCUCGUCAGAAAAAAGACCGCUAAUUAGUGAUCAUAUAAAAGGACCUCUUGUUGCAGCGUUUAGAUCACCCCUGAUGAAAGCACUAGACAGGAGUGUCGAAACAUUGGGUCUAUGAAUUGAAACUUCUUCGUUUACAUUCAUUAAAUCUGCAAACCAGAGUAGCAUCAAACCAGGUCUAAUUGUCCACCUGGUUGCCGUGUGAACUUUAAUAUAUUUCAUUUGCGAGAAAAGUACGGUCAUACUGUUGUUUCAAAGGUCAACCGGCUCGUGAACAUCAGAGUUCGCAUUACUAAGUAUCGCUGUCAUUUGUAUUUCAAGCACCGUUGUAAAGAAAACUAUGUCAUUCCAUCGAGUUUGAGAUUUCGGCCUCCUUUACGGAGUGCCAGAGGAUACAAGCUCAUGGUCCGUGCUGGUUUUUCUUUUCUUAAGCUACGAAUAGAUGAAUGUCAAAGUUUCAUACUGCGUUUGCGUGCGUUAUUCUCUCGUUCACUCAGUGAACUCUCUGCUUUGAUUAACAACUCCGAAACUUCUUAGGUGGAGGAGUUCUGCAGUUCGAAAGAACUACAGACGUUUACCAAACAGAGAGAGAAUGACGACAGAAAAUUCCGUCAUUUGCUCAGUAAGAGGUCUCCUGUUAAUUCAGGCUCAUCUCUGAAAGAAAAAUGGGUCAUGAACCAUUCCUCCAAGGAGUUAUCCGCGCCGGAACGGAGUGGUUUAGAGAAGGGUCUGAAGUUUGCUAUUGCUCCUCGCAAAAUACCGACUGCCGAAAUUGUCGCCGCUGUUGAGGAGAGUAUCUCUCAACUCAACGACGACCAGAGGCAUUUGGUAAUAGCAGAAAUAAGCAGCAUACUCAUACGAGCUAAACCUCCUCCCAAAAAACAUACAAAAGGAUGUUUUCAAUGCGCUUAUAGCUCUUAAAAAAGGAUCCGGACAGGCUCGUAUUAUCUGCUGACAAGGGUAAUUGUGUUGUGGUUAUGGACAAACAGCAAUAUCACGACAAAGCUUUGUCUCUGCUUAAUGACAAGAGUACGUAUGCUGUCUUAACCUCUGAUCCUACCAGUAAAACUCAAAGAAAGUUAAACAAAAUGUUGCUUGAUUUGAAAAAAGCUGGUAAAAUUAGUGACUCUACGUACAAAAUGUUCUACAGUAGUGACGGCUUAUGUCCACGUUUUUAUGGCUUAUCUAAAAUUCAUAAACCGGGAAUUCCUUUGAGACCCAUUGUCUCUUUUGUGGUUAUCUAACGAGAAUUUUGUCGCCUGUUGUUGGGAAUACUGAUUACACUGUCAAAAAUUCCUGCGAAUUUGCGGAUUUUAUAAGAGAUAAAACUCUCAACGCUUGUGAAGAACUAGUACCUUUCGACGUUGUUUCGCUCUUCACUAAAAUCCCAGUUGAACCUGCCGUUAAGGUUGCGGAGGAGAGACUCAGAGAAGAUGCCUCCCUAGGACUAAGAACUUCUUUGCCUGUGGAGGAUAUUAUUCCUCUGCUGACUUUUUGCCUCAAAACCACGCAAUGUACAUAUAACGGCACCCACUAUCAACAAGUUUUUGGUACAGCGAUGGGUUCGCCUGUCUCUGCUGUCAUUGCUAACAUGGUAAUGGAAGACGUGGAACAAAGAGCCUAAGCUACUUCACCGGUUAAACCCUUUUUCUGGAAACAAUAUGUCGAUGAUGUUAUAUCUGCGGUAUCCGGAAAUGAAGCGGAGUACCUCCUGUCGCAUUUGAAUUCAGUAGAGCCUUCGAUCCAAUUCACCCUUGAGAGUGAAAAGGAUAGACAUUUGCCUUUUCUUGAUUUAAAUGUGUCCAGAGGGGUUCAGGGUAAUUUAGAGACAAGUGUCUACCGUAAACCUUCUCACACCGACAAAUACCUCGCUUUCGAUUCUCACCACGCUAUUUGCCAUAAAAAGUCUGUAGCCAAAACUUUACUUAGGAGGGCUGAAUGUCUACCAUCUUCACUUGAUUCGAAGGUUGAGGAGAGAAAAUAUGUUUCUAAUGUCCUAAAGGCAAAUGGCUAUACAAAAACCUUUUUCCGUGACUGCCAAAAACCAGUUACAACUAGUAACGCUCUUGAUGAAAGGGAACCAGCUACUGGUUUUCCUGUUAUUCCUUACAUUCAAGGUGUUACCGAACCCAUCAAGAGAAUUUUAAAUAGCCACAACGUUAAAGUUGCGCAAAAACCUUUUCAGACUUUGGGGCAUAUUUUCGCCAAACCUAAGGAUCCUGUCACGAAAGAACAACGAACCGACGCUAUUUAUUCUAUUCCAUGCAAUGACUGUGACCACGAAUACAUCGGACAGACCAAACGUCAGUUUGGUACACGUUUAAAAGAGCAUCAAAAAGCGGUUUUCUUUUGCAAAAAGGAAAAUUCUGCUUUAUCAGAGUACACAUGUCUAACCAACCAAACAAUUGGGUGGGAUAAUUCUAAAAUUAUCACCGCUAACCGGUGUUACCACCAGCGCCUUUGUUUGGAGGCUUGGCAUUAA